AUGUAUACCAUAACAAUCUUAUUGAUUACUAUUGUUAUUUCUACUGUACAACCAGCUCCUCCUCGAUCCGCAACAAAAUUAACCUUUAUUCCUGAUGACAAGUAUCUGCCUCUUCGAAAAGAAGUCACAAUUAAAUGCGAAAUAAUUAAUCCAAGCGAUCAUACUGAACCUCCUCAAUUGUGGCAUGUUGACUUGAAAACUGGCAAACGAACAUCAAUAUCGCGGGCAUUAUUAACAAAUCCGAUGGAAGAUGCACCAGAUGUAUUCAAAAACAAUAAAAAUCAACGUUAUUCAUACGUAAAUAAAAAUAAUAUACGUAUACGAGAUUUACAACCAGAAGAUUCAGCUCGAUAUGAAUGUGAUUGUCCGGAUUGUGCCGAUGCCAUAGCAAGUCAAAACCGAACAUUAUCUGUUAUGAAAUUGAGUACACCAAAAUGGGAAGUCGGACCGGGUUGGCCAUUGCAUGAAGAGUCACAAGCAAAAAUAAAAUGUGAAGUGAAUGAUUUUUUUCCAUAUGUUGGACAUAAAAUUCUUCGCAAUCAUAUCGACAUAACAAACGACGGGAAAAGUACAUCAGCGCUGAGUAAUAGUGGUUAUCCACAAAAAUUCGUUUGGGAAGCAACGAUAACAGUGGGCGCUGAAUGGCAUAACUCAACAAUCUAUUGUAAUGUACUUCAAGGAAAUGAUGAACAACAAGCAAGUAAAGUAAUAGAGGUUCUGUUUGCUCCACGUUUUGGUAAAUGUGAUGAAAGUCAAUUUGUUGAUUCGCAAAAAAAUCUCUCGACCAUCGAAUGUUCGUAUAGUGGCAAUCCUCAGCCAACAUUAAUAUGGAGUCGUCAAACAGAUAAAAAAGCAUUAACACCGGAUAUGGGCAUUACAAUUGAGGUUAAAAAUGAAACAUUAGGAAAAUAUAAAAGUAUUGUUACAUUCAGUCGUGAUAAAUUAAUCUCAGUACCAUUAGCAACGAAAACGAAUGGACAGGGAAAUAAAACCGAAGAGAAUUUCUAUCAACAAUUACUAAACGACGGUUUUAUUGUACAAUUAAAUGUUAACGGUAAUGAUAAAGGAAAACGAGUUAUAACUAUUGUACGUGAUGCAAAUCAAAUACGAUCAUUGCCAUCCGAUGGUUCGACGAUAUACUCAUUUUCAUCUAUGUUAUUAUCAUUUUUAUUAAUCGUAUAUAUUAAUCAGCGUUAA